GGCGGGCCGGCCGGGCUGGGCUGGGCACUCGCUAGCUCUCGGACCGGGAGCUGCCGCAGCUCUGCGCCGUCUGGCCGGGACGCUGGCCCCGCUGUGCUCAGCUCCCCGGGAGGCGGUGAGUGCCUGGGGUCCGCGCGGGGGGCCCCGCCCGGGUACCUGCCGCCGGGGCCCCGGCUCGGGGAGUUCCCGCUUCGCACGGCAGUUCCUGCCCCGCCCGGCGCCAAGUGAAUAAGGAAGCGGCACCGGCGCUGCCUCCCCCACCCCUCCCUCCGCAGGAGGCUCCUUGGUUGCGGGGGCUGUCCGGGGGGGCUCCUGUCCCUGUCCCCGCUCGGGGGGUGAGCAUCUCCGGGAGGGCGGGGGGCAGCGCUCGGUCUGCUGCAGCCUGGGGCUCUCCCUUUAGCUGCCCCCGGGGGCUCAGGUUCCCCUUUCAGCACCGGCAGGGUGGCGGAGGCAGCUGCCUCUGGGCUCGGGACGGGGACACUCGUGUAAGUCAGUGCGGGAGCCUUGAUCUGCUGGCGGCGCGAGGAGAGACGGUCGGGGCUGCUCCGCGGAGCUCGCACAGCAGUGGGGUUUGUGCCACUGUUGUGAGCAAUGGCUCCCUUCUUAAGGAUAUCUUUCAACUCAUUUGAGCUGGGACCAGUGCAGAAUGAAGGGGAGCAGCUGCAGCCCUUCUGCGCUAUAAAGAUGAAAGAAGCCUUGACAACAGAGAGGGGGAAAACUUUGGUUCAGAGGAAACCCACCAUGUACCCAGAAUGGAAAUCUUCCUUUGAUGCCCACAUCUAUGAAGGACGUGUCAUUCAAAUUGUUCUCAUGAAGGCAGCAGAAGACCCACUGUCCGAGGUGACUGUAGGGGUAUCAGUCUUGGCAGAGAGAUGCAAGAAGGGCAACGGCAAAGCAGAGUUCUGGCUUGACUUACAACCUCAAGGGAAGGUAUUGAUGGCUGUGCAAUAUCUUCUAGAAGAUGCAGAUUGCAAGCAGUCAAUGAGGGAAGAUGAGGGGAUUGUGACUAUCAAUAGGAGAGGAGCUAUCAAGCAAGCCAAAAUCCACUACAUCAAAAAUCAUGAGUUUAUUGCCACCUUCUUUGGACAGCCCACAUUUUGCUCUGUCUGUAAAGACUUUGUCUGGGGACUUAACAAGCAGGGAUACAAAUGUAGACAAUGCAAUGCUGCUAUUCAUAAGAAAUGUAUUGAUAAAAUCAUUGGGAGAUGUACUGGUACUGCAGCCAACAGCAGAGACACAAUGUUUCAGAAGGAGCGCUUCAACAUUGAUAUGCCUCAUCGAUUUAAAGUUUACAACUACAUGAGUCCCAACUUUUGCGAUCAUUGCGGCAGUCUUCUCUGGGGAUUAGUUAAACAAGGAUUAAAGUGCGAAGAGUGUGGGAUGAAUGUGCACCACAAAUGUCAAAAGAAAGUGGCAAAUCUAUGUGGAAUCAACCAGAAACUAUUAGCAGAAGCUUUAAAUCAAGUUAGCCAGAAAUCGACCAGAAAAUCUGAUUCUGGGUCACUAGAAAAUGUUGGUAUUUACCAGGAUUUUGAUAAGAAAUCUAAAGCUUUGGGUGGAGAUACAACAGAUAACAGCGAGUAUGAUAAGCUCUGGGAGGGAAAUACACCAAGACCAGCUUCACGAACCAGGAGAAAAUUCACCAUAGACAGCUUUAUCUUUCACAAAGUACUAGGGAAAGGAAGCUUUGGAAAGGUUCUGCUUGCUGAACUGAAAGGGAAGAAUGAAUUCUUUGCUAUUAAAGCUCUGAAAAAGGAUGUGGUGCUAAUCGAUGAUGACGUGGAAUGUACCAUGGUGGAAAAGCGGGUCCUAGCACUUGCAUGGGAAAACCCAUUUCUUACUCACCUCUACUGCACAUUUCAGACUAAGGAUCAUCUGUUUUUUGUUAUGGAGUUCUUGAACGGAGGGGACCUGAUGUUCCACAUACAGGACAAGGGGCGCUUUGAUCUCUUCAGAGCAACGUUUUAUGGAGCUGAAAUAGUAUGCGGUUUACAAUUUCUUCACAGCAAAGGCAUUAUUUAUAGAGACCUCAAACUGGACAAUGUGAUGCUUGAUAAAGAAGGCCACAUCAAAAUAGCUGACUUUGGGAUGUGCAAAGAGAACAUGGUUGGAGAGAACAGAGCAAGUACUUUCUGUGGUACCCCAGACUACAUAGCACCUGAGAUUCUUCAGGGCUUGAAGUACACAUUUUCUGUGGAUUGGUGGUCAUUUGGAGUCUUGCUGUAUGAGAUGCUUAUUGGACAAUCUCCUUUCCAUGGCGAUGAUGAGGAUGAGUUGUUCGAGUCAAUCCGAGUGGACACGCCUCACUACCCGCGGUGGAUUACCAAGGAAUCAAAGGGCCUACUAGAGAAGCUCUUUGAAAGGGAUCCAACAAAGAGACUAGGAAUUACUGGGAACAUCAAGGAGCAUUCUUUCUUCAAAACAAUCAACUGGACAGCACUAGAGAAGAGGGAGAUAGAGCCUCCUUUCAAACCAAAAGUGAAAUCAGCAAGUGACUACAACAACUUUGACCGAGAGUUUCUGAGUGAGAAGGCACGGUUAUCUUACAGUGACAAAAACUUGAUCGAAUCUAUGGAUCAGUCUGCAUUUGCAGGAUUCUCUUUUAUUAACCCUAAAUUUGAACAGAUCCUGGCUAAAUAGUCUCUGAACAUUUGGGGUUAAAUAUUGUAAACAGAGGCUUCCAAACGCUAAGUGACAUGUCUCUAUACCUUUCCUUGAAAAUAAUAUACGGUAGCAUGAAAAAUGUCUUACUGCUGAUUAACUGGCAGUGGUUUUUUGCAUGGUCAGGUUUAAGAAAUGAAGAAUUGUGUGCAUUAAUUGGCAAAAUGUAAAUUUUGUGUUUGGUUACUUAAAUGUAAUUGUGUAUAUAUAUAUAUAUGCUGUAUAUUUUGCUCUGGAAACAAGACUUUAGAAAACUGUCUUUUUUUAAAUAUGGUUGAGGCCCUUUUAUUCAUCUUCAGUAAAAUUAUUUGAAGUUAUAUUAAACUUUUUGUGAUUUUAGCAAUUACACUUUUUUCUCCAAAAUGACUAUCUAUUGUAAAAGGUAAACUGAGAUUAUAGAAACAUUCCUGAUUUAAAAAGCAAAGAUUUUUUUUUAAGGAUACUCUACCCAACACUAGUUUCUCUUUGUGUCAGAUGUUAGCUCAUUACGAACUAAUACUCUUAAACUAUUGUAAGACACCAUCCAAUAUUUUAAGAACUCAUGUAACUGUGGGACCUCCAGAGUAUUCUGUGCCGAACAAUUUCAUAGCACAGUUAAGUAACAAAUGUGUGUGUUGUCUGUGGCUAUUCUCUAAGUUUAGCCUCUGUGUGUGUCUACUUUUUGAAACAUAAGAAUGAUUAAAUACUGCUGAAUAUAACUAA